GACUGGAAGGAAGGAGCCGGGUCCCUGGCACUGCUAUGCCAACCGAACUGUGCCGGGCCGUGGGAAUGCACGCCAUCCCCGACCUCCACUCGUCGCUCCCACUGCGACUCCUCAACAAGGGGCCCGAGUACCUCCGCAGGCAGAUGGAGGCAGGCAGCCCCGGCAGGAAAAGGGACGUGGAGAGGCUGGCAGCCGAUAAGGCCAAGUACGUGAAAAGCCAGAGGGUCAUCAGCACCAAGCAGGAGCCUGUCAUCCUGCUUAGCUCGGCCUCGGAGAGCAGCAUCGAGACGUGUUCAGCGGAGAGCAAAAACACCAGCAGGGAUUUUGGCCGAGGGAAGGGCGCGAAGCCCCUGGAGCUGGCUAAGGCGGUGUACUCCUGCCGGGACCCCUCGCAGCACGGCCCCCCCAUAGCCAGGCGCGGCAUCCCCAGGAGGCAGAUGCGGCCGGAUUCCCUGGUGAUUUACCGCCAGAAAUGUGACUUCGGGAGAGGUCAAAGCCAGGACAGCUCACGAGGGAGCUUGGUGAGGAGGAUCUUCCAAGGAUCCGUAAAGGAGAAGCAGUUGGCUUCCUCUGAGAUGCCCAGAGUCAUGGAGGACACUGCAAGCACUGAGAGCAAAGAGCCUCCCUUGGCGAAAGACGAUAACCAUGAGCCGAGCAAGCAUGGAGGGGAUCAAACCGUCGCGGUGAGCACUGAAGCCUCAGGGAUAUAUACAAAAGAGCAUGAGAGACCCUCAAAACUGAAUAUACCUCCUGAGGAGGUCAAGGAAGUGAAGAGGAGAGGUCUCCAUCGCUCCCAGUCGGACAUCAGCUCUCGCUACUCCAAGUCCUUCUCCGAGUUUGAUACGUUUUUCAAGUACUGUGGCUUGGAGCAGGAGGUCAUCGAGGAUCUCGGGAGAGAGAACUUCUCUGUGGUGUCUGACAACGUCUCCUUCAAGAUCCGCAGCAUCAGCGUGGCCACGUCCGAGAGCGACUUCACGAGGCACAGCGGGGAUGAGGGGCUGCUGGAGGAUGAACUCACGGAGCAGGUGCCGAGCAGCACGUCUGUGAUCGAGCGCAAUGCUCGCAUCAUCAAAUGGCUGUACACGUGUAAGAAAGCCAAGGAGGCUAACAAGUCCAGGGAGGUCUCCAAGACAAAAGGUGCUGAGAAUUUUGAAUGUUUACAACUUGCCAAGAAAACUGGUGAUAUACCAGAAAAACAAACAGCAUCAGAGAAAAACAACCUCCAGAUCAAAGUGUACAGCAUGCAGCAUGAAAAGGUCCUGGACGUGACUGCAAACUUAAACAUUGCCCAGGACAAAUAG